CCUAAAUUUAAGCUGGUUGUGGUCCUUGCACCUGUGCAAAAUCCUAUCCUGUUCAUGCCAAUUCUUCAGAGAGAAAAGUUUAAAAAUUGGUUAAAACCCGCCUCAGAUCUCUUCAAAGUCCAAAAGCAUUGACAUGCGCAGGAGGAACGGAUUCAUCUGAUUCCUCUCUGUAUCUUUCGCUUUAAUUCACGAAAAAGACCAGAAGGAGACCCCUGUCUGCAAACCCACUUGGUUUCUCCCAAAACCCAAAAAAACUACAGUAUUUGAUAGCUCCCUUUCUCAAGCCUCAAGUGGUAUGUAUCUUGUGCUCACCAUCUUCUUCUGUCAUCCAUUAAUGGCUCCCUAACUCUCUCUCUCUCUCUCUGUCUAAAUCUUGAACUGGGUCUUGUUUGUGUCCCUUGUUUGUUGGCUAAACUUGGAGUACCCUUCAAUUCGUUUGUCCAAUUUUGUUUUGUUUUCUUUUUUUGCGUCCAAAAUCCUAUUUUUGCAUCUUCUUUCUUGGGUUAUUGUCACUUUUGUGUUUUGCUUUUUCAAUGGGGAAUUCUUGUCCAGUUCAGCUUUACUUCUCUCCCUAAUUGAUUUCUCAGCUUAAGAAUUUUGGGUUUUUCAGCCUAUUGCGCAAAACUAUUUUAGCAGAUUCAAUUAUUGAGUACAAGGUUUAACUUCGUCUCGUCGCUUCUGCCGCGAUGCCCUCCUGGCCUUAAUUGGCCGGGUCGUGCCCCCUGUUACUUUGAAGAAAUUAGAGUAUAGAGUUUAAUUUCGCUUUUCGGGUCCUUUUAAUUUUGGGAGUUAUAAAAUCACCUCUCUUCUUCCUCCAUCAUCUUGGGUUUUCCAAAAUUCAGCCUGAAUUUCACUUCUUGUGGUGUCAAAAUGGAAACUUGGGGUUUCAUCCAUUUUCUGGGCAUGUUUCUUUUUCUCCUCCUUUUCUCUGAAUCUUGUACGGCCAGUGUUCGAAAGAUUGGCAAGGUGGAUCCAGGGUUUCAAGGUUCUCAAAUGAAUUGGAUAGACAAUAAUGGGAUAAUCCUCUUAUCCAAUGACUCGAAUUUCGGUUUCGGAUUCACCCCAACCCAAGAUGUCACUUUGUUUCUGCUCACUGUAAUCCACAUGGGAAGUUCAACAAUUGUUUGGGCUGCAAAUAGAGCCUCCCUGGUUCAGAAUUCAGAUAACUUUUAUUUUGAUGAUACUGGAAAUGCUUACUUACAAAGUGGUAAAAGCACUGUUUGGUCUAGUGAUACUGGUGGGAAAGGAGUUUCUGCAAUGGAAUUGUUGGAUUCAGGAAAUCUGAUUUUGCUUGGGAAAGAUGGUGGUGUGGUUUGGCAGAGUUUUAGCCAUCCGACCGAUACCCUUUUGUCGAAUCAAGAAUUCAGUGGUGGGAUGAGACUUGUGAGCACUCCGGACGCGAAUAACUUGACCUAUUUCCUGGAAAUCAAGUCCGCGGAUAUGAUUCUAUCCGCGGGUUUUCAGACUCCACAGCCUUAUUGGUCUAUGAAUCAGGAAAAUCGGAAAACCAUCAACCAAGAUGGUGGGGUGGUGUCUUCUGCAUCUCUCGAAGCCAAUUCGUGGAAGUUUUACGAUUCGAAUAAGAUCUUGUUGUGGCAAUUCAUUAUAUCGGAUAGCACGGAUGCGAAUGCCACAUGGGUCGCGGUUCUUGGAAAUGAUGGCUUUAUCACCUUCUCCAUUCUCCAAAGCGGAGUUCCAAGCCCUUCGCCAACAAAAAUACCUAACAACUGGUGUGGCACGCCGGUGCCUUGUGGUCCCUAUUAUGUAUGUUACAGUGACAAUAGGUGCCAAUGCCCUUCUGUUCUGAACUCCAGUCCGAAUUGCAAACCGGGGAUUGGAUCCCCUUGUGAUCGCUCUAAGGACCCUAUCGAUCUUGUACAAGUAGGGGAUAAGCUCAACUAUUUUGCGCUUGGGUUUGUUUCGCCUGUUUCCAAAACCAACUUGGACGGUUGCAAAGCUGCAUGUCGUAGUAACUGUUCUUGCCUCACUUUGUUUUUCGACUACAGCUCUGGAAACUGUUUUCUUUUCGACAGCACAGGCAGUUUUCAGAACGUAAACAAUGGUGGUGGUUUUGUUUCGUUCACAAAGGUUUUGAGCACCGGGGGCAGUGGGAAUAAUACCGGAGGAGGAAGUGGAAAUGGGAAGAAAGGCUUCCCGUAUGUCGUGAUCAUAGCUGUUGUCACAGUUGUGGUUAUCAUUGGUUUGCUCUCCGCUGGAUAUUGGUAUUGGAGGAAGAGGAAAAUGCCGGAGUCUCACAAAGAUUCUUCAGAGGAGGACAAUUUCUUAGAGAGUAUAUCAGGGAUGCCGAUACGUUUUGGUUACAGUGAUCUUCAAACUGCGACCAAUAACUUUUCUGUGAAGCUUGGACAAGGAGGGUUUGGCUCGGUCUACCAAGGGGCUCUCCCGGAUGGAACCCGUUUGGCUGUGAAGAAAUUGGAGGGAAUCGGUCAGGGAAAGAAAGAGUUCCGGGCUGAAGUUACCAUCAUUGGAAGCAUCCAUCAUCUCCAUUUGGUCAAACUUAAAGGCUUUUGUGCAGAAGGAGCGCAUCGCCUUCUUGCCUACGAGUUCAUGGCAAACGGGUCUCUGGAUAAAUGGAUCUUCAAGAAAAACAAAGAGGGGUUUAUGUUGGAUUGGAAUACACGGUUCAACAUAGCGUUGGGGACGGCCAAGGGACUUGCGUAUCUCCACGACGAUUGCGACUCGAAAAUUAUCCAUUGCGAUAUAAAACCCGAAAACGUGCUUUUAGAUGAUCAUUUCCAUGCCAAAGUCUCUGAUUUCGGCUUGGCUAAGCUAAUGACUAGAGAGCAGAGCCACGUUUUCACGACGAUGAGGGGCACUAGGGGGUACCUUGCUCCAGAGUGGAUCACAAGCUAUGCCAUAUCCGAAAAGAGCGAUGUUUAUAGCUAUGGCAUGGUGUUGCUUGAAAUCAUUGGGGGAAGGAAAAACUACGACCCCUCUGAAACGUCGGAGAAAUCUCAUUACCCAUCUUACGCUUUCAAAAUGAUGGAAGAAGGGAAACUGAGAAGUAUCCUAGACUCGAAAUUAGAGCUAGAUGAGGAGGACGACAGGUUGGCGAUUGCGGUUAAAGUUGCUUUGUGGUGCAUACAAGAUGAUAUGCACCUAAGGCCAUCAAUGACCAAAGUAGUCCAAAUGCUUGAAGGCAUAUCUGUGGUUCCUCCUCCUCCGAUGGCUUCUCAAUCGGGUUCCCGUCUCUAUUCGAGUUUCUUCAAGACGAUUAGCGAGGGAGGGACUUCUUCUGGACCCUCGGAUUGCAACAGCGAUGCUCAUAUGUCUGCCGUUCAGCUUUCAGGGCCGAGAUAACAGUUGGUGAAAACUGAGGAGGAGGAUUAUGAGUAUGGUAUAGCGCCUUUUCUGGAAACGGGAUAUGCACUUGAAAAAGAUGUGCGAUUUGUGAUAUAUAUGGUCAGGUAGUACUAUAGUAUAUACUACAACAACAUUGUGUUUGAUUUCUGUAUAUUUGUUAGAUCACUCAAAUUUUGUAAUACUAGUAGCCAGUAUGAAGCUUGGAACUUGUUUGCACAUUCCCUUGUUUAUUGCUCUGUAAAUGAAACAAAGGAUUAUUUUCCA